AUGGAUGAACAUACACAAAAACCAAAAUUUCAAACUCUAACAAUUCCAGAAGAUCUAAUCUUUGAGAAUAUCUUACCAAGACUUCCAAUUAAAUCUAUCACUCGCUUCAAAUCCGUUUCCAAAUCAUGGCUUUCUACAAUUUCCACCCAAAAAUUCGCAAAAUCCCACCUCAAAUUAUACACCUCUCCAUCCCCUCAAUUCCUCCUUUUAUCGAGCAACCGCGACUCUGAUUUUCUUUUCACCUCGGUUACAUUCGAUCAACACGGCCGUGUCGAAGAGACGCUUAAAUUGAACUACACCUUCAACGGUGGUCCUAGUUUUCAUUUCUUGGGUUGUUGCAAUGGUUUGGUAUGUUUUCGUGACAAAAAUUUUAACUUUUCUAUUUGCAACCCUCUUAUUCAACAACGUAGUAGUAUUAUUAAAUGUCCUGAUUUCGGCCUUAACCAAAAAAUCAUAGGUGCUGGGUUUGGUUAUGUUUCUUCAAUUGAUGAUUACAAGAUUGCUUGUUUAACAAAGACAUCCAAUGAAAACAAUUUUCAUGUCAAUGAGUUGGUUGAUUUUGAUGUUUAUAUGUUUUCUUUGACUACUUUGAAAUGGGAAAGAUCAACUCCUGGAUUAAAUAAUGUAGAAGGUGUUGCAAUUGCUCGAGAUGUUGUGCCGGUUUUGGUCAAUGACGUUCUGUACUGGUGUGCGAUUAACUUUGGGAAUGUUGUUGGGUCAAGGUCAUCGUGUUGUGUUCGUAAAGUUUACAGGUUGAACAAAGAUGAUUUGUCUUGGGUGAAAAUGUAUGAUCUUAAUCGCGAUCAAAUGCAUUUGUUGGGUGUUUCUGAGACUGGAAAAUGGUUGGUAUCAAAUGAUAAUCUGGCUGCGUUACUUGAUCCGAGUAAAAGUUUUUAUAGACAAUAUCAAGGAGAGACUAAGAUCAUUUCUGAUGUUGCAAAAGCAAAUGCGGAGCUUGCUGCUCUGAAGGCCGGUUGGUCAAAGUUGGCUCAGUUGCCAGGAGUUGAGGCAGAGUAG